CUAGGAAAUGUCAUAUUCCUCCUCAGCUGCUGAUUUGCAUUACCCCAUGGAGGUUGUGGACCUACCCAGCUGUUCAGUCUCUCCUUUCUGCUGGGAAGGAAUCAGGAUGCCAGUGCCUCUGGGAAAACUGGUAUUUUUUACCAGUGUGAUGACUAGUGGGGGCUGUGCUCUUGUGUAUUACCUUGUACAAAAAACUUUUUCCAGGGCUUCCUAUUACCAGUUGGCAUUGGAGCAGUUGCAUAGCCACUCUGAGGCUCUGGAAGCUCUGGGCACUCCUCUCAACAUUCACUAUCUUCAACUCACUGACAAGUACAACUUCGUGGACAUUGCUGAUGCCCAGUUGAAGAUUCCUGUCUCUGGAUCCAGAUCAGCGGGCCAUCUCUAUGUUAUCUCAUCCAGAGAUGGUCCCUUUAACAGGUGGCACCUUCAAGAGGUCUUGUUAGAGCUCAAGGAUGGUCAGCAGAUUCCCAUGUUCAAGCUCAGAGAGGAGAAUGGUGAUGAAGUAAACAAGGAGUAAAUACUGAAAAGACCCAGCUUUCUCCAAGCAUAGCCUACCCUCAUUAACAUGUACCUUCCAUAACUUAUGAUUCAGUUUUCCAGCCAUCAGGAGGGAUGACUGCUGGCAAUCAGUGCUGGCAUUGUUUCGGAAAAUCACUCACACGGGGGGAGAUAACAAAGCACAAACUUUAUUACCUGAGGGCUCAGAGGGGUUAAAUUUCCCAAAUUCUCUGAGCAACCUGGGCCUGCUUAAGUUUCCUUUAAAUACUUGUUACAAGGCAAAAAGGAGGAGGGGGAUUCAUUUGCUAAAGGAAGCAAGCAUGCAGAAGCGAAAGGAAGGUCAGUAUUUUGGCCUUGAGAUAACCGUUACCUUGGUAAUGUCUGCUAGCCAGCUCCUUACCUAAAAAUAACUUUUACUCAGCUUUGUCCCGACAAAUCUUGCAGGUGUUACAGAGAGCAUUGGUUAUCAAAGAAGCUACAGAGCAUAGAAACUUUUAUGGGGCUUUCUUUUCCUGCCACAGCAUCUGAUAAUUUUGUUUUAAUUCUAAUUUGACCAUACGGAACACUAUUAAGGUUUUGUUUAAUCAAACAUUUACUCUAAGUUUAUAAUUAUUUGAAAGUUCUCUGUACAAAAAUCCAGAGUAAAAUCACUAGUAUUAAUAAAAUGUUUCUUGAA